UGAAGUAAAGUUGACUGCAAUAAACUGAAAUGGAUGAAGUUGAAUAAAGAACUACAUAAACAAAAUGCCUCAUGAAUACAUUACCCUGGGGUAGCCGUAAACGAAGUCACCGUUACGUACGAACCGAAUGUGAAGACCAAGAAGAAGCAGAGGUGGAGGAUAUAAAGAUGGAUGAAGGAAGCCCAACGCGAGAGUGUUGUUCAUGGAAUCGCGAAGUUAACCUAGUGCUUCUACUUUCUUCGUUACUUUCUGUGAGGACCUGGUCUUGAUUUUUUUUGGAACGCGCACCAAAAAAGGUUCAGAAACUCGAGAUGAAGAAAUUACUACCAGCAGGUCUAAUCCUAGGCUAUUUUGCCAUCGUAGUUCUCGCCUUUGGGGGUAGCGAGGACAAAUUCAUAAAAAAAUACGCUAUGAUGAAGAUUUAUGAGAGCUGUUUUGGUGCAGAAGUAGUCAAGCAGAUAAGGAGAGAAAUGAAAGCGGCUUGUGCCAAAUGUGCUGCGUACGAGAUGCCUCAGAUGGCACAGCCAACAGAAAGACCAUUACCAACAAAUAUACCACCCCAAGAAACGCCCCAUGAUACAGGAAAUACCCUUUAUCCACAACAACUGUUCGAUCAGGAGAAACUGAACCAAGCCAUUCUAGCUUACAGACCGAAUCCAUUUGGUGCACCUCAGUAUAGGCCAUACUCCCCAGUUUCCGGGUUCUACCCAUUCAACAACCCCAUGUACCAAACGCCUCUGUUAUAUCCCGCAUACCAGCAAGCUGGACAAUAUUCACCAUAUUCAUUCCCAAUGGUAGCAGGCCAACCUUAUCUGGGUGGCAACAGAAUGUCGAGGGAUUUAGAUGUAAGAAGUCAGCUAGAAGCUUUAACCUCUAGAAUGAGCGGUAGAGUGAAAAAUGUAACAUGUGUCAUGCAGGAAUUGGGAUAUCUGGAUGAUAAUUUAGAGCCAAAUUACCUCAAAAUAAGUGAUAGAAUCAACAAUUUACCAGUGUCUGAAGAGCUAAGGAGGGAUAUGUUGGAUGGAAUCCAGUUCUGCCAACAAUUUUCGCAAUGCGUUCCUGAAAUAAAGAAAGAGAGGGCCCCUCUUUCUAGAGAGCUUAUCAGACCAAUGUUCUUCUUCAAAUGUUACAAACACAAGAAACUGGAAGCUUGUGUGAUGAAAGAUGUAAGAGAAAAAUACGCCGGUGUUGCUGACGAGGACUUGGACGACGAUGUUGAAAUCCGAAGGCAAGGAAGGGACCAGAAGUUAGGAGAGAAAGAUAUGGACAGUUUGGCAACCGACAUCUACGAAUUUUUAUAUGGAAGUGAUACAAGUUUAGAUUUAGACAACAUUUUAUAGGACAAUAUGAAUGUUUCAGAAUAAGACGCCAAAUUUUUAAAAAUAAGUAUUUGAUACUUCUUUACUAUGGAGCGAUAUUGAUCUCUAAGUUAUUUAUUAUAUGCUUUUUUAUUUAUUUGAAUUUUGACGGUAGAAUAUAUCUGCCACUUACAUAUUUUACUGUUGAAAUUUGAAUUGGGUGGAAUAUGGAUCUGCAAUAAAAACAUUUACGAUUUA